AUGGGUAUGGUACUAUUCGAACCGUGUGCUUUCCUUGAGCCGAUGUUCUCGCUGAUCUGCCACUUUGCGUCAGCUGUUGUUGGUGCUCUUAUACCUGUCUUCUAUUCGUACAAAGUCCUUAAACGUCCCACCCAGAAAAGCCUGGUAGGUCUUGUUCGCUUCCUAGCUACUACAAGUCAUACUGGUCCAAAUACUGGGCUGUAUUUGGGUCAUUUCUUGCUGUUGACGUUAUACUCACAUCGUGUUUUGUUCACUACUUCAUACCUUUCUACGAAUUACUCAAGUUCUUCUUCCUAUUAUGGGCCGUGUGUCCACAAACAGCCGGAGCGCAGUUCGUCUUUCGAUAAGGUGUUAUCACCGUUCAUUCGCCGUCACGAGAAGAACAUGGACGUUUACAUCGAACGCUUCGUCUCCGCUAUCAUUAAUCACGGUCCUGAUAUGGCAAUGACGGUAACAGUUUAG